GCAGAGCUAUGUCUUAACGCCCAGAAUUCUGGGUAAAGGGGUGGUGCUAAGGCAGGCGGGAAGCCCCGAGGAGUCGACGUCCGAGUUUCCGGUGGGGUAAGGUCUCCGGAGGUGGCUUAUUUUCCCUCCUAACUUCUCGGGUCUGCCCUGGUGGCCGCGGCGGCUUCUUUGAGGGUUUAUUUUCUCAGGCCGCCGCGCCUGGCCGUGUAGCGGCGGGAAGAAAGCCCUCUCCUUUGGUCUCGGGCAGGUACUGGUGGCAGUGCUGAGUGGGCGACCGAGGAGCUGGGAGGAUGCUUCCGUUUAGAUCUUGCUCUGGGAAAGGAGACAGCGACGGCAGUAUGGAGGUGGCGGGGCCUACCGCGGUUCCACAGAAACGGAGCGGUAAGAAGAACAGGGCUCUCCGGAGGAAUAAGGAGAGGCGUAAGAAACGACGGCAGGAGCUCGCUCGUUUGAGAGAUGCAGAAUUGGCACAGGAAGAGGAGGAAGAAGAUCCUCUUGCUGAAGAAAAACGAUUAGAAGAAGAAAGGUUGUUGGAGGAAGAGAGGCAAAGGUUACAUGAAGAAUGGUUACUGAGGGAAGAGAAGGCACAAGAAGAAUUCAGGGCAAAGAAGAAAAAAGAAGAGGCAGCUCGAAAACGGAAGGAAGAACUAGAGAGAAAAUUAAAGGCAGAAUGGGAAGAACAGCAGAGAAAAGAGCGAGAGGAAGAGGAGCAGAAACAACAAGAGAAGAAAGAAAGAGAGGAAGCUGUGCAGAAGAUGCUGGAUCAGGCUGAAAAUGAGUUGGAAAAUGGUGGCACCUGGCAGAAUCCAGAACCGCCCACGGAUAUAAGAGUACUGGAGAAAGAUCGAGCCAACUGUCCAUUCUACAGUAAGACGGGAGCUUGCAGAUUUGGAGAUAGGUGUUCACGUAAACACAACUUCCCCACAUCAAGUCCUACCUUGCUGAUUAAGAGCAUGUUUACAACGUUUGGAAUGGAGCAGUGCAGGAGGGAUGACUAUGACCCUGACUCAAGCCUAGAAUACAGUGAAGAAGAGACCUACCAACAGUUCCUAGACUUCUAUUAUGAUGUCCUGCCUGAAUUCAAGAGUGUGGGAAAAGUGAUUCAGUUUAAGGUCAGCUGCAACUUGGAACCUCAUCUGAGGGGCAAUGUGUAUGUUCAGUACCAGUCGGAAGAAGACUGUCAAACAGCUUUUUCUGUUUUUAAUGGACGAUGGUAUGCAGGACGACAGCUUCAAUGUGAAUUCUGUCCAGUGACCCGGUGGAAAAUGGCAAUUUGUGGCUUAUUUGAAGUACAGCAGUGUCCAAGAGGAAAGCACUGCAACUUUCUUCAUGUGUUCAGAAAUCCCAACAAUGAAUAUAGGGAAGCUAAUAGAAACAUCUACCUGUCUCCAGAUUGGACUAGCUCCUCCUCCACUAAGAAUUCAGAGAGGAGGGAAAGGGCCAGUCACUAUGAUGAAUACUAUGGCAGGUCAAGAAGAAGGAGGAGUCCGGACUUCUACAAGAGAAAUGGUGAGUCUGACAGGAAGAGUAGUAGUAGUCACAGGGUGAAGAAAUCUCACAGACAUGGGAUGAAGAGUCGUGAGAGGCGCAGUUCACUGAGUAGAAGAAGAAAAAAGGAUUAUAGUCUGGGUUCCAGCAGGAGAAGCCGCCGCAGCCGGAGACGCAGCCAGAGUCAGAGCCGUAGUCGCAGCCGCAGCCGCAGCCGGAGCAGGAGCCGCAGCCAGAGCCGCAGCCGCAGCCGCAGCCGCAGCCGGAGCCGGAGCCGGAGCCACAGCCGGAGCCACAGCCGGAGCUCAUCAAGGUCCAGAAGUGGCUGGAGGAGGUCAGGUAGUAGAGACAAAACUAUCCAUAGUCCAAAAUCAAAAUAAACUUGGUUGUUUUAAAAUAUGUCUGUCUUUUUAUGGAAGCUACUCACCUGUAUAAAUUGAUGAUGCUAGUAAAUCAUACUUUUCAAUAAGUUAAACACACACACAUGAAAUUACUUGUAAUCCUAACCUUGAGAGCAUCAGUUAAUGCCGGUGUGAUGCUUUAAGUAUUUUUUUCGUUUUCUGCCUGUAUGCCUCUCCUUCUCUCUGUCUGUGUAUGUGUGUGCGUAAGUGUACCAUAAGUGAGUUCAGAGGACAACUUUUAGGGGUCAGUUACACAGUGAGAUCCAGGGAUUGAACUGAGGUCAUGAAACUUUUACACCAAGGACCUUUUACUCACUGAGCCAUCUUCCCAGCCCACCUUUUUUCUUGUUAGAGGUCCACACCCUUUAUUUUUGCUCUAUGCAUAUGGGUGUUUUGCCUGCAUGUAUCUAUGUGUACCACUUGUGAGCCUAGUGCCCAUGGAGGCCAGAAGAGUAUGUCAGAUCCCCUGGACCAGAGUUACAGAUGGUUGUGAGCUGUCAUGUGGGUCCUGAGAAUUGAACCCAGAUCCUCUAGAAGUGCUCUUAACCACUGAGCCAUCUUUCCAGCCUUACACACUUUAUUUUUUAAUUCAGAGGUUGCAUAUGCCUUUAAUGUUUUUCACUCAAUUGUCUUAUUUCAUCAAUCUGAUUCUAAGUCCCAUAAUUCUUAUUUUUACUCAUUACAUAGAGUAUAUCUCCCAAUGGACUUGACAACAUUCCUAUUGUUGGAUUUUAAAGGUGACCCUCUUAAUGAUUUCUUAGAAUAAACUAUAUCAAGAAAGGUAACCCAGGUUUCCUCCCAAGAAGAUUCCAAGAAUCACUCUAACCUUUUAGCUCUGACAGCAUAGAAUUAGUAUUUUCAUCUUUGCUAGUUUGUCAGUUUUUAAGUAUUGAUGUGCUUAUUUUUAUUAUCACUAUUUUUUCUACUUACUGGCCAUUUUUUUCUUUUAAAAUAUUUUUUUUUAAUUUUUUAUAUGUAAAAGUUGAUUUUUUUUCUCUAAAACUUAUUUUUUGUUUCAAAGUGUUGAAAACUUUGAAACUUCUCUUUCCCCAUCUCUAGAGUUCCUCCUUCGCUUGGGGGCUGUUAGGGUAUAUCUUGAAUAGUGUGUUGUGAAAGUUUUUUAUAAAGAGGUAAAGGAUUUUGUCUUUUCCUAGAAAAUUAGAGUUGUCACUGUUGAGUACAUCCAGUGUUAAAAAACAGUCCUUGUGUAACAAUCCUAAGAGUGAUCAGUGAAUGUAGUGACUGUAGGCUCGUGUGUAUUAUCCCAGCUUUCCUGAGAUGCUUUCUUCUCAGACUUUCAUCAUCAGGCUUUGGGCCUCAAAAUUCAGUGUCACAUGGCAUUUAGCAAUCUGACAUUUGAGAAUUCAGUAAAGAUGCAUACAAGACAUAUGCAGUAGCUUAUGCCAGUACUCCCUGCACUUGGGAGGCUGAUGGGCAGGUAGGGCUGGACUGAGACCCUGCCUCCUUUUUUAAAAGGAAAAAAAAAAACAGUGCUCAAAGUUUAACAAAAUCCAACUUGUUUCAAUUCUAAAUGCCUGCUUCAUCCCCAAAAUGAUAGGUUUCUAGAUUUACUGCUAGAUAUUAAUGCUGUAUGGCUUUUAGUGCAUUUGGUAUUUUUAAAUACUGUUCAAACUGCAGCCAAGAUUAUGUAAAGAUAAUUUUCUCUGUGUGGUACUGGAGUUUCAAACAUGGUAGGCAAUAUGUACCACUGAGGUACAUACCCAGUCCUAAAGCUGAGAAUUCUUAGAUCAUGAUGGGAAAGGAAAUCAAAUCCCAUCUUCUUGCGUUCAAGACAAUUAAGGACUUUCCCCUCAAAUGUUAAUGGGCCUGUAUAGAGUGCAAGGGAAGUUUAGAAAAUCUGACUGGGUCAUUACCCUGAUAGGAACUUUGAACUUACAUUAACCAUAAUGAAUGGGUGCUUGCAUGUGUCUGUGAUAAAGCUGAUUACUACUUAUGACUCAAAUCUGUGUCACUGACAGAAACCCACAGGCUUGAUAGUGAACAGCUGCAUUUACAAAGGCCUACAAAUGUCUUUCAAAUUUGAUGAGAAUCCUUUCCUUGAUCUUAAAUAUCUCUGGUUUAGAAUGCAAUAGUUCCUAUUUGUAGCAGCAGAAAGACCCCCAUAACCAUACUCUUACUGUAACUAGAAGUUUUGAUUUGUUGCUUACAUUAGGGAACACAGUCAGCAAAUAUUAAUCUGUUUCUGUUGCAUGUACUAGCAACUUUCUCAUCCGUAGGAGGUGAGGAUUUGUAUUUGGCUAUCAUUUGACUAUCUGGAAUAAUUGAGUUGCUAAAUCAGAAAGCGUAUAAAAGUCAACUGUAUCAUGGUUCAAAAGCGCCAUUUAUUAAUUGAAAAUGCAUUAUAAGUCCUUGAUAGCUUAGAAUCCGUGUGAUUUUUGACUGAGUUGAAGUAUAUGAACAUUCUUGACCCUUCUGCCAUUUUUGUGUGUGCGUGCAACCACCAUUUCACUGCAGGGGUUGGGUGUUAGAUGGAGAGGAAUUGUCAACAUUGUAUUGGAAAAAAAGAACUCUUCCUUUAGCAGCUCUCCUUAGUUCAAGAAAACUUUUGGAAAGAGAUAAAAGCAUACCACAGCGUUUGCAGAACAUUUAUUACCAUUAAUUGGUGAUGUGAUAAGACAGUGUUCGGGUGGCUUUAAAAUUGUUCACAAUCACAGCAAAGCUUACUCCAGCCUAGCAUAUUACAAGGGUACAUAGAAAUCAGAGAGAUGUGUUCAGGUAUGUGUCAGGAUGUAUAAAAGUGAUGCUGCGCAUUUAUACAG